CAGGAAACAUUGCAAAACCUGCGUCCGUAAAAAGGAUUUAGGGACGAGGAAAAGGGAACAAUGAGGGCGAAUCGGCAGCAAACUAACGGAAAAGUAUGGAGUCACAGAUGGGAUAGCAACCUGUUUUCUUAUACUCGAUGGGAAGUGAAUGACUCUGUCACUGAUGAUGGUUACUUCCUACUGCAACCGUGUCAACCACAAAUGCAUUUCAAAUGCAAGAACCUUAAUGUGGAAGCAAUUAUCAUUUCAUCACACUUGUUAAAUUCAACAAAUGGUUCAAGUAAAGAAAUUGAGUUGUGUAGUAAUGAAGAGUAUUUCACUAGCCAGAAAGAUAAACAUUCCCCUUUGCAGCAAAUCACCUCCAAAGAUCUCAAUCAGUGUGCUACUAAUUCUCAGAAUACGGCUGAACCAAUUUCCAGAAAAUGUACUACCGCGCCUUUGGCAAGAAAACAUACAAAUGGGCAGCAAAACAGUAAUAUUCAAAAUGUAACCUGGUUGGAUAAUAAGUGUACAAAUUCCCUGUUGACCGUACCAAACUGUAUGCAUAACGACAAUGAGUUAAAAAGUCAAGCACAAAUAAUGCAGUCAAGAUCAACAAUUUCUGAGUGUGGUGAUCAGGAGAAUAGCAGCUACUGUAAAAAAUCUUCUCAAGCUUGUAAACAGUCAGCAGCAAAGGAACUUUUGUCUAUCCCGAAAAGUAGACUAUCCAACUAUUCAAACAUUGAAAGGAAUAAUAAAUGUUUGAAAAUCUGCAGUGAAGAGAAAGCAAAGUGGAAAGAAGAGGCAUUUCAAAUCAAAAGAGCUUUAUCUAAAAAAUCUGUUCACUCAAGGAUGUUAAACAAAUUAAAAGAUGGCAUUGCAUGUAGCACAAUAGAUAAGAAAAUAAAAGAUGGUGGUUGUACAAGAGAAAGUGUCAUCAACAAACAAAUCAAUGGAAAAAGUAUUCAGGAUUCCGAGAACUCUGUUGCAGGUUUAUCAACAAGUUGCCUUACAACUUGUCCUUUACAACCAACUCUUGAUAUGGCAAGAGAAGAAAUGCGUGUGCUCUCAUAUAAAUCUGGCUGCAGUAGACAUGACCACACAAGUGACUUUCUCCAAUGCUUAACUAAAGAAGGAAUGCAAUGGAAAUGUCAAAAUUAUCAGCCUGCUACAAUCACCAAGACAGAAGGUAACAAUUCACCACCAGAAGCAUUUGAAUUUGUCAUGUUUCCUGAUCGACAGGAAUUUGGAAGAGCACAGUCUGUGGCUGCAGCAGUUCUUCCAGCAUUCCGCUGGUAUCCUUUACAAAAAACACUCAAACGAAGUAACGGGACAACAAAGUAUCAAAGUCAAGCAAAGUGGCUGCAAAAAAAUAAUUCUAAUAAAAUGUACAAUUGCACUUCACGCACAACAGAUGAGCUGUCAGUUCAAAACAAAGCAGAGAUGGCACCACUUGAAAAUCAUAUAACUACGGCUCAAUUAUUGCACACUAUUAGGUACGGAAUGCAUCAAAAUCAGGACAUAAUCCAAAUAAACAGCCUUUUAAAGGAAAACCACAAAAUGAAAGGAAUGAACAGCAAGCAUCUCAAAGAAGCCUUAAUCCUAUACUUACAAAAGACAAAGGAAAUGCAGUAAACUGUAAACAGAUAACUCGUAAAAAGAAAAAUUGUAAAAUUUCAAUAUAUUUUAUAAACAGUUCAAUAGUUCCAUUUCGUUAUACCAUUUAUUUUUAAGGUUUCCCAAUGAUAGGAUGGCUUGUGUGUUUAUCUGUGUGUUUUACUAAGUUAGAUGUGAUGGUAACAUUAGUACAAAGAACGAUGAACAACAUUUAACAAUGUAGACUUUACCUACAAAUUUGGGAGGGAUAUGAGUUUUACAGAAAACCUUUGCAAUCAUUAUGCAUUACUAAUCUGCAUAGUACUCCUGUUUCACUUGUUCUUUUAUUGAGUAGAAUCCUGCUUUACUCUCCUUAAAGUGUGCUGAUUUGAUUUGUUUUAUGUGUCUCCAUUGAUUUCUGUGUUUGACCUUAAAGUUACUGUUAAGUGAACUACGCGGAAAUUUUAAAAAAGAUGUUUUGCCGAGUAUUGCUGUUGUAACUUUGAAAAUAAUGGUAAUCAAGAUGGUGAAGCCCAUGAAAAUAUAAUGAACAAUUCUGUUGGUAAAUUAGAAUUUCAGUGUAAUUGGUUUUUGGCUUACUACAUUGUACUAUGUUUGUAUUAUAAUUUUAUAAAUAUAGUAAUAUGAACUGUGGUUAAACAAU